AUGACGACAACAAAUGAAGAACGAGAUACCAUUGACGGCGAUAGCGAGCGUGAUCGAAAUAAACGUAAACCGUUUUAUAAAAAAGAGAAACCUGAUAAAGGUUAUUCUUCGUUAUUGAUGGCAGCUACUGCAAGCGAAGAAGCAUUAACAAGUGCAGUCGAUUUUCAAAUAUUCAAAGGUAAAAAGAAACACGGUUUCAAGCUGAUUAAAACAAAGAGCGAGAAGAAAUCAGCUGAUUAUGAGAAAAAAGAACGAAGAUCCAGUUUGAAGGAAGAAAAGCGAAAAAAAUCGAAAUCAUUCCGUGAAAGUGGAACAAGCACAACCGAAUUGCUUGAACAACUCCGACUCAUUGUUGGUUUGCCGCUUGAGGAUGCUGUGAAACGGAAUCCGUUGUCUAAUAACAGUGGAUUAGCCGUUCCAAAAUUUUUGCUAGAAUGUAUCGAAAUUAUUGACCAAAGUCAACCACAAGAAAAUGUUUACCGUCAUGAAGCCGUUAAAAUUAAGCAGGCAGCUGAUUUAGAAUAUGCAUUAAAACAACCACUGACUGCUGGAUUUGCUGUUAGUUUAUUGAAACGAUUUUUUAAAGAGUUACCUGAGCCAAUUUUAGCACAUGAACCGAUUAAUGCAAUAGUUAAAAUUAUUACAGAUGGCGCAGUUGGAAUUGCAAAUCCUGCCUGUGAUUUGUCUGACACAACAAAAACAAAUGAAAUACGUCAAAUUUUACAGAAAAUACCGAAAUGUAAUCGUGAUACAUUGCAUAUAUUAUUCAAUCAUUUAUAUCAAAUUGUUACGCCGCAUUCGACAUCAACGUUACUUUCAUCUGGUGGUAGCAGUACAAAUAUUCAAGCACAAACAGUAAUUAACUCAAUGUUAACUGUAUUGAAAAUGAAAGAACGAGUUGUUAAAUAUUUUAUUCAAAAUGUUAGUGAACUUUUUGAUAAACAGAGUAUUUUGACCACUUCAGUGACACCCAGAGUACCGUUGAUGAAAAAUGUAUCUCGUUUGUCAUUGUUGCCAGACUGUGUCAAAGAGCUUGAAAAUGAAUUAACAAAACAGGAAAACAUAUUGAAUAAGAUGCAUGAGGAUAUGCAAAAACAAACAACGUUUACAUUUGGCACAACAACACCUCCAAACGUUGAUAAAGAGAAAGAAGAACAACUAUGGACCCAGCAACGGAUGGUAACAGCAAUAAAACGAAAAAUUAAACAAGAAAAAAGACGACUCCAACAAACAACAUUAAAUCGACAAUCAUCAUCAUCACUGAGUCUCGAUCCCUUGUCACCGUCGACAUUCUCAAUAGUCACUUCUGCUCACAGAAAAUCAUUAUUGAAAGAUGACCAAAUAUCCCAACAAGUUAUUGUUAUUGUAAAUAAAAAUAAACGAGAUGAUACACCGAUAACAGAUCGAACUUGUCACUCUGUAACUGAAACGCCCAAAACAGCAGUAUCAAGUACUAGUUCAAAGAAAAUGAGUGAUAGUGAUAUUAAAAUACAAUUAAGACAAAGAAAUAAAUCAGACGUUGGUGAAAUUGAAAUAGAUGGAAGUGGUAAUGAUGAUGACGUAUUCAUAAAAACAUUGUCCAAAAACAAGACGAUCUUUAUGGAAAAAGAUGAAGGAAAUUUAAUGAAGUGUGAUUAUUUGAAAGAAAAAAUUUUAGAACAUCGUUUAAUAGUAAAAUUGAAAAAAAUUUAUGAAGCAUUUAUGCAGGAAAAAGAAAUGUUAGCAAAACUAGAACAAAUAAAUCAACAACCGUUUAAAUCUCUCACAUCUCCUGAGCAACAAAUUUCGCCAUCUAGCGAUACUGUUCCAGUAAUGCCUCCACCAUUACCACAGCGUCCAUCAGAAAUUUCACAAUCACAGCAACAGAUAAUGAUGAAAUCCUUGAACAAUGAAACGAUUAAAUUACCACUACUACCAUCUCUUAGUUUAUUGUCAACUAAUAGUGAUACACUUUCGACAACAAAACUUAAAGACGAUGUAAUAGUUCAGCAUCUUCAUUGUACAUCGCCAGAUCAAAAAAUUACAAUUCUACAAGAAUUAUUGAAUAUAAUAAAACAAAAUAAUCAACUGGAAACAAAAAUUGAAGCAAUCAAACGAAAUAUUGAAAAUGAAAGUGAACGUAUUGAAAACUUAUGUGUCGAUUUGAAAUAUUCAAGAUUGUCAAUUAAAUUUCAACAGUUGAUAAGUAAUAACAACGAAAAAAUCAUAAAUAACAAUGGAAAGUCAAAUGAUCAAAUGGUUCAAACAACAAAACUUUGA